GCGGCUGGUUUGAAUCCACCGAGCAAGUUCAUGGAUGGGAAAGGAUCAAGUCGGAAUAUGGACCUUCUACCACCUUCAGCCUUUGAAAGCAAAAGAUCAAGUGAUCCUUGGAAAGAAUUAGCGAAAACAACAGGAGAGUUAAUUCACCUGCGGUUGGAAAACCAACAGCUGAGACAGGAGAAAAAAGCACCACAACAAGCUGUCAUUUGUCCAAAUGAGGCCAUCCGAGCUCGGGUAGACUUGUACAAGUCAAGGGACGACAAGACCACCAGCCGUCAUUUAGAUGAGCUCAUUCAGAGACAGGCAGCAGAGAUCGCUCAGUUGAAGGAGGAAGUGCGCACACUGCAAGCAGAUCAUAAACAGGAGGUUGUAGAGCUGGAGAAAGAGAUUGCCGUGAAGGAAAGACAGCACUUACAGGCCAUGGCCUCGGUGGAGACAGAGCUGAAAACAAGGGCAGAUAACUAUGAGUAUCAGGUGGACAGACUGAGCUCAGCCCACCAGGAAGAGGUGGAGGAGUUGACAGACAGAUUGGACAAGUUAACCUCAGAGCUCGAGACCACGCGGACGUCCUUUGGGCAGAAAGUUUCGGAGCUCCAGGCUCAGCUACAGAGUGUCACAGAGACGAGUUGUAGCAGGAUCGAGGAGUUAGAGAAGUCACAACGAACUAAAGAUGAAUUGAUUGUCAAACUGGAGAAUCAGUUGAGCUCUCUGAAGAGGUACAUUGGGGAGUGUGAGAGGGGACCUUUACCUGAGGAAGUGUGGAAGAAGGAGAGGGCUAUGCUGGAAAAAAAACAAAAGGAACUGUCUACUGAGAAGGAAAGCCUACUGUCGACUGUUCAGCUGCUAAACAUCCGCCUGUCUGCUGCCAAUGACAUUCUCACCCUGCAAGAGAAAGAACUAUCCAAGUCAAAGGUCGAAAGUGUUGAUAAAUCCAAGCUGGAGACAUUUCUGCUGACAAGGUGGAGAGAGAAAGUGUUUGCUCUUAUGGUUCAACAAAGGUCAGCUGAUAUUGUGUCCAAGAAAGAUUUCCAGAACUGGAAAGAAAAGAUAAAGAAGCUUGAGGUUGAUCUAGCAUCUGAGAAGACACGGGCAGAAGUCUUGACGUGUUCCUUAUCUGACAGAGACGCUCAACUAGAGAUGGAGAGGAAACAGAACCAGCUACUGCAGGAAGACUUGACUAAUGCUCAGCAGAUCGCCAUUGCUCUGGAUGACCAACUCAGUGACUGUAAUCAGCAGAUAGAGGGACUGAAACAGGCGUUAAUCAAUUUUGGUCAGUUCUUCAGCGAGACAGCCACCACCACCCAGCAUUCCAUGAAUGUUUUGAAGACAUAUGGACAGAGGGUUACCUUUGCCACAGGACGUCUGGAAAUGCUACAAGCCCAGUUCGCUCGUAAGGAAGCACUUCUGAGGUCUCAAAUAGAGCAGGGCAGGAAGACACCGGCAGAGAGAGACACCUCACCCCCACCUACAGAGGACAGAUUAAGUGCCACUUCCCACUUACAAGAGGAGCUUGAUGCUGUGACAAGAGAACGAGAUACGCUUGCUGCUCAGAUACGAGAAGACGCUCUAAUGUUGGAGACAAGAUUGGCCUCCUGCAGACAGGAAGUUCAGUCUGAUAUAGCCAAUCUUCGCAGUUCUGUGGUUGCCUUGGAGAUGUCGCUUCAGGAGAGGUCAGAGAAGUGCGUGUUUCUUAGUGAGAGGGUGGAGACGCUGGAGGGAGAGUUAGAGGAAAGCAGGGACAGCCUGGAGGAGUUGAGGACGGAACUUGGUAAACAACAACUCUCUGCUCAGCAAGCCCUGAAGACACGAGAAGACGAGCUAGUGGCAGAGUUUACAGACCGGAUGGCUGGCCUAGAGCGCAGUGUGAACGAUGCAAAGAGAGAACAUGCCAAAGCAGUUGUGACAUUGCGCCAAGUUCAGCGCCAGGCGUCACGCGACCGGGAGCGCCUAGAGGAGACUGCGCAGCUGAGAGAGGAGCACUAUGGCCGCCAGGUUGAGGCCCUACAGCAACAGCUGAGAGCAGUGGAGAAGGAACGCAAUGUGAUGAUGACAACAUUACGCCAGGAAGGUCUGCUGAGUGGUGUAAAACAGCAGAGAGAGAACCCUGUAAUACUGGAGGACUCCGCUGAGCAGACAACAGAGACCAAACAAGAAGAAGCACUUCCUGGUGACCAGCCUAAAGAAACGGGGGCAGGGGCCUUGGAUGAACCACUAAGUGCUGUGUUAGAAGAUCUUCAGAGUUUGACAGCUGCUGUGAUGGAAGAGGAAAACAAUGACAGCGAUAUAGACUCAUCUGAUGACACAAACAAGUGAUGUCUUAACUAUUGAGUUUGUUAGAAGACCUUGAGAGUUUGACAGUCGCUGUGAUGUGAGAGGAAAACAAUGACACAAACCAAUGAUGUCUUAACUAUGGAGUUUGUUAGAAGACCUUGAGAGUUUGACAGUCACUGUGAUGGGAGAGGAAAACAGUGACACAGACCAAUGACGUCUUAACUAUGGAGUUUGUUAGAAGACCUUGAGAGUUUGACAGUCACUGUGAUGUGAGAGGAAAACAAUGACACAAACCAGUGAUGUCUUAAAUAUGGAGUUCGUUAGAAGACCUUGAGAGUUUGACAGUCACUGUGAUGUGAGAGGAAAACAAUGACAGAAACCAGUGACACCUGACACUAUGUGCUGUGUUAGAAGACCUUGAGAGUUUGACAGUCACUGUGAUGUGAAAGGAAAACAAUGACACAAACCAGUGAUGUCUUAACUAUGGAGUUCGUUAGAAGACCUUGAGAGUUUGACAGUCACUGUGAUGUGAGAGGAAAACAAUGACAGAAACCAGUGACACCUAACACUAUGUGCUGUGUUAGAAGACCUUGAGAGUUUGACAGUCACUGUGAUGUGAGAGGAAAACAAUGACACAAACCAGUGAUGUCUUAACUAUGGAGUUCGUUAGAAGACCUUGAGAGUUUGACAGUCACUGUGAUGUGAGAGGAAAACAAUAACACAAACCAGUGAUGUCUUAACUAUGGAGUUCGUUAGAAGACCUUAAGAGUUUGACAGUCACUGUGAUGGGAGAGGAAAACAGUGACACGAACCAGUGACAUCUGACACUAUGUAAUGUGUUAGAAGACCUUGAGAGUUUGACAGUAAUUGUGA